GGGGGCGGUGCCGGGGGCGGCCCUGCGGUUGCGGUCCCUGCUCCCGAGGCAGUGUCGGAGGAGGCGGCGGCGCCGGCCAGUUGGCUGUCUCUGGAGCAUUGGAUAAUGUGAGAGUUGGGCUGCAGUGAUGUCAACUCUCUGCCCACCCCCGUCUCCAGCUGUUGCCAAGACAGAGAUUGCUUUAAGUGGUGAAUCACCUUUGUUAGCAGCUACCUUUGCUUACUGGGACAAUAUUCUUGGUCCUAGAGUAAGGCACAUUUGGGCUCCAAAAACAGAACAGGUACUUCUCAGUGAUGGAGAAAUAACUUUUCUUGCCAACCACACACUAAAUGGAGAAAUUCUUCGAAAUGCAGAAAGUGGGGCAAUAGAUGUAAAGUUUUUUGUUUUGUCUGAAAAAGGAGUAAUUAUUGUUUCCUUAAUCUUUGAUGGAAACUGGAAUGGAGAUCGGAGUACUUAUGGACUAUCAAUUAUACUUCCACAGACGGAACUUAGUUUCUACCUUCCACUUCACAGAGUGUGUGUUGAUAGAUUAACACACAUUAUUCGGAAAGGAAGGAUAUGGAUGCAUAAGGAAAGGCAAGAAAACGUCCAGAAGAUUGUCUUAGAAGGCACAGAGAGAAUGGAAGAUCAGGGUCAGAGUAUUAUUCCAAUGCUUACUGGUGAAGUCAUUCCUGUGAUGGAACUACUUUCAUCUAUGAAAUCACACAGUGUUCCUGAAGAAAUAGAUAUAGCUGAUACAGUACUCAGUGAUGAUGAUAUUGGUGACAGUUGUCAUGAAGACUUUCUCCUCAAUGCCAUCAGCUCACACUUGCAAACCUGUGGCUGUUCUGUCGUUGUAGGUAGCAGUGCAGAGAAAGUAAAUAAGAUAGUGAGAACAUUAUGCCUUUUUCUAACUCCAGCAGAGAGAAAAUGCUCCAGAUUAUGUGAAGCAGAAUCAUCAUUUAAAUAUGAGUCAGGGCUCUUUGUGCAAGGCCUGCUAAAGGAUUCAACUGGAAGCUUUGUAUUACCUUUCCGACAAGUCAUGUAUGCUCCUUAUCCCACCACACACAUAGAUGUGGAUGUCAAUACUGUGAAACAGAUGCCACCCUGUCAUGAACAUAUUUAUAAUCAGCGGAGAUACAUGAGAUCAGAGCUGACAGCAUUCUGGAGAGCCACUUCCGAAGAAGACAUGGCUCAGGACACAAUCAUCUGUACAGACGAAAGCUUCACUCCUGAUUUGAAUAUUUUCCAAGAUGUCUUACACAGAGACACUCUAAUAAAAGCCUUCCUGGAUCAGGUCUUUCAUUUGAAACCUGGUUUAUCUCUCAGAAGUACUUUCCUUGCACAAUUUCUACUUAUCCUUCACAGAAAAGCCUUGACACUAAUCAAAUAUAUAGAAGAUGAUACGCAGAAGGGGAAAAAGCCCUUUAAAUCUCUUCGCAACCUGAAGAUAGACCUUGAUUUAACAGCAGAGGGCGAUCUUAACAUAAUAAUGGCUCUGGCUGAGAAAAUUAAACCAGGUCUGCACUCCUUUAUCUUUGGAAGACCUUUCUAUACUAGUGUACAAGAAAGAGAUGUUCUGAUGACUUUUUAAUGUGUGACUUGUUAAGUAUAUUUCCUCACAAUCAUGUUUGCUGUAACAGUAGCUCAGUGAUGUGGGAAACAUCACUUUUCCUGGUCACACCUCAGAGUCCUACUCUGCAAUUGCAGUUAAAGUUAGUUUCACUACAGUUGUCACAGAGAUCUGUAAGGGGAUGGUGCAUCGUUACAUUGAAUGUCUCUUUAGGGUAUGUACUCUUCGACACUUAUGUUUACAAUUAAUAAUAUUAUUGCUAUCUUUUAUAGAUACAAUAAUAGCAUACAAACUUGACCACAACUACUGAUUUUUGAAAUUCAUGAUUCAUCGUUUACAUGUAUCAAGGUGAAAUCUGAGUUAGCUUUUACAGGUAUAAUACUAGUGGUUGACUUUCCAUCUUUUGUUGUUUCUUGGUAUAUAAGAUUACUGUAAUACUUUUACAAUCAACUGAAAAUUAGUGCACUUAAAGUUUUCAGUUCCACACAAAGAACUGAAAUAUCUUGAACAUAAUUUAAGUUUUAGGAAGAAAAUAUUGAUGAAGCAGAUUUUUUAUUAAAAUUAAUUAUUAAGUCCGACUUAGUAGGAUUCAGUCUGUGUAUAAGUGUCAGGCAGUUAUGUGUAGCCAGUGAUUAUGGUGAACCACAGUGUGUUUUUUGUUUAUUGUUGUUGUUAUCAAUAUCCUAUAGCUGGACAGUAUCUGUCUAAGAAUAUAGGAUAUUGGAUUUUGUUUUAGUUGUUGCCAACUCUCAUAAUUUUAGUUGUUUGCCAACUCUCAAUAAUUUUCAUUUUUUUGAGCCAAACUGAAAUGUGUGCCUCCUGUGCCUUUUUUUCCUUGGAAAAUAUAAUUACACAGAAGAAAUUCAGAUUUCACUGGUUAGUCAUUUCCAUCUUGUUUCCCUCUUGCAGAAUAUACUAUGUACCUAGUUUGACGGUUACUGUAACUCCAAGAUUAUAAAAUUCAUUAGAGAAUACAAUAAUAAGAUCUUUUUUUGAGAACAGAAAAAUUCCUUUUCUUCUUCCUUAUGUUCUGCCCAUAUAUAUAUUUUUUUGGUACUGGGGAUCAAACUCUGGACCUUGCCCUUGUGAGGCAGGUACCAGAACCACUGAGCUAAAUCCCCAGCCCCGCCCAUAUUUUUGAAGUGAUUGCCAUGUUGCCUGCAUCACAUAAGAACAGCAGGACAAAUUUUACUGAAGUACUAUUUUCCUAGGUGCUGUAUUAGCAGAAUUAACUGGUCUUUUUCUUUGGUUUCUUUAAUGUGUUUUAGCCUUUUGAGGGGGGGGCUAUAAAAUACCUGAUUAGGUGAUUCUGUGCUUAGAACAGUGAUGGUUGUAGGAGUGUAUACAAAUUUUUAUUUAAAAGUGUGAAAGUAAUGUGAAAGGGAAAACAUUUAUAAAAAGGGAUAAAAGCAAUAGAGCCCUUCUGCCCUCACAUACCAAGUUUAAUAGGAAAAACAUGUUUUAUUCUGAAAGACACAUAAUAGUUUUCAUUUCAUGGAUCAGAAAGAUCUAGACAUCUUAAUUUUUAGGUAUACACUGAACACAAUAACAGUAUCAUACUACGUAUAUCUCAGUCACAAAAAAUUCGUAUAUAAUGUACUACUGUUUAAAAUCCCAUUCUUAAAUGCUUUUUACAUAACAGAUUCUUAUUUAAGCGCUAUUUUCUUUUGCUGGUUUAUUAUAUUACUAUAUAGAAUAUAAAUUGUACAGUAAAAUAAGUUAUUAAAGCAUGUGUAAACAUUGUUAUAUAUCUUCUAGAUGGAGAAUUUUAAAUAAAAUAUCUUUGAAAGUUU